AUCUACCAAUUCCCAUCUUCAAAACACCCAUCCCAAAUCAUUAUUCCAUGUGUACCUGCAAUUUUUCGGGCUGAGAAUUACAAUGGACUUGGCACCCAAGUUCACCAUUUUCCUCCUCGCCAUUGUUCUGCAACUCUGUGUAGCAUUCUGCAGAGAAGCACAGAAUGCCUACAAUUACAAUUCCAUAGCCAUUCCUCUUUACAGGGGCAAUGCAUUUGCGCAUUUGGAGGUCCAAGGUUCGAGCCCCGAGGAUGAAGAUGAAGCAGUCCAGAAAGUGGCGAGGGCAGUGCAGGCCAGUAAAGCGCGUGUUACAGCUCUGAAAAAGGGGCUUUUAAGAAAGCCAAUGCAAGAAAUUAAGAAGCAGAAGAAGGGGAAAUCACCAGGGAGAGGAGUCGUGGAGAAUCUGUAUGCUCGCAGCUUUGGUGGGUAUUCAAUGAAGAUCAGUUUAGGAACCCCCCCACAAGAAAUGACUGUGAUUAUGGACACUGGUAGUGAUCUUGUGUGGGUGCCCUGCACACGCAGCUAUGACUGUGACCGCUGCAAGAACAGCAGUGACCCACCAUUUCUACCGAGAAAUUCCUCAUCAAAAAUCCUCGUAACCUGUUCAGAUCCGAACUGUAAGAACCUCCAUGGGAACAUUACAGAGCGACUCUGUUUUAGCAGAGACAAGUGCUCAGGUACCCUGAGCAACUGCUCCCAUGUCACAUGCCCCAUUUAUGGGCUUCAGUAUGGCAGAGGAAGCACCAUUGGGUUUCUUCUUUCUGAAACCCUGACAUUCGGAGGCAGCGGAAGAGAAAUCAGGAACUUUGCAGUGGGUUGUUCGCUGGCUUCUUCGGAGCAGCCAAACAGGGGAACAGGAAUUGCAGGAUUUGGCAGAGGAAGUCUGUCAUUGCCAUCGCAGAUGGGCAGUGCAGGCAACAGUUUUGCCUAUUGUCUGCAGAGCCAUAGCUUCGAUGAAGAAAAGAUCAGUAGCAGGCUUGAACUUGGUAAGAUUUCUCCUCCCCUGCAUUUGCAUUAUACCCCUUUUAUGACCAAUCCCACAGAAAGCCCAUAUGAUGUGUUCUACUACCUUGGGCUCAGAGCCCUAACUGUGGGUGAACAGCACCUGAAGCUGCCCUCCAAGCUCAUGAGAAUUGAUGAAAGUGGCAGCAGAGGAACGAUUAUAGAUUCAGGGACUACUUUUACUGUUGUGGAUGAAAGAAUCCAUGAGCAAAUUGCAGGGGCCUUUGUUUCUCAGACCCAGUACAGCAGAGCCAGCAAAAUUGAAGCCCUUACUGGUCUGGGACUCUGUUAUAAUGUGUCUGGUUUGCAGAAGAUUUUUUUGCCCAAAUUCGGGUUUCAUUUCAAGGGUGGAGCACGCAUGGAGCUGCCUCUUGAGAAUUAUGUUAUUGGGGUCGGUGGGGAUUCCAUUUGCUUGGCCAUGAUCAGUAACAGUGGCAUCUUGGAUCAAGAUUCCGGGCCUUCUGUCGUUUUGGGAAAUUUUAACCAGCAGAAUUUUUAUCUGUUCUAUGACAGGAAAAACAAUCGUCUUGGCUUCGCUCCCAAACACUGUGCGUCGCCGACAUGAUUCUUCUUCUGUCCUGUCAUGUCAGUCCCCUGGCAACAGGACAUUCUCUUUAGUUUUUUUACUGCGUAUUUGAGUCCACAUUCAAUAAAAAAUUCUCACAUUCUCAUGUAAUUAUUCUUGCAGAUUAUUUCAUUUUCGCCUAGGGUUUAUUCUUUUCAUUGUAUGUCCAUUUCACUAAACAGAAACAGAGAUAAUGUUUAACUUGGAAAAGAUUCUUCAGAAAACAAGUUUUCUCAGGAAUUGUAAUUUCUUUUAACAGUUGGUACGAACCAUUUCUCUUGUUUGCAGUUAAAUUUGGUUGAAAGUUUGCAGAGGACUUGAGUCUUCUGCCAUUGUAAGGGGAGGAGGUUUAAUUACCCUUCUGUACAUAAUGGUUAUUAAGCAAAUGUUUUAGUGAUUUUAUGGUU